GGCAGCCCAUUUGCCGCAUUUCAUCUCGGUGUUUUUGUUGGUUUUAUUGUUUUCAACUUUCGAUUUUUGCUCCCCGAUAAACUGGCAUUGUAGCGUGGUACAGUUUCCGAUCCUUGUUUCACAAUCCACGUAAACUUCCAUCACCAUCACGCACGCAACUAGUUAGUAACAAGAACCAGUGACAUGCCAACAGUCGGAGUAAAGCGAGAUUUGCUUUUUAAAGCACUAGGAAAAACAUACACCGACGAUGAGUUCCAGAAGCUCUGCUUCGAAUACGGACUGGAAUUAGAUGAGGUCACUACUGAAAAGCAGAUGAUCACUAAGGAGCAAGGUGAAGUUGACGCUGCAAAGGAUGCUUCGGAGGAAAUCAUCUAUCGGAUCGAUAUUCCAGCUAACCGGUAUGAUUUGCUCUGCCUUGAGGGGUUAGUCUUGGGACUGCAAGUGUUUCUUGGCAAUGUGCUAUUCCCUCAAUUCAAAAAACUUCCCCCAGCCAGUGGAAGUCCUCAAAAGUUAAUCAUCACCGAAGCUACCAAGCAAAUUCGUCCAUUUGCGGUGGCGGCUGUUUUGAGGGAUUUAACAUUUACGAAAGACUCCUAUAACAGUUUCAUAGAUCUACAGGACAAAUUACACCAGAACAUUUGCCGAAAGCGAGCACUGGUUGCCAUCGGAACGCACGAUCUUGAUACCCUCCAGGGCCCAUUUACCUUCGAUGCUAAACCGCCGAAGGAUAUUCGUUUUGUUCCUUUGAACCAACAAAAAUCAAUGGACGCUGUAGAGCUGAUGGAAUUUUACUCUACUCAUGCUCAACUGAAGACGUAUCUACCGAUCAUACGUGAUUCGCCGGUAUAUCCAGUCAUUUAUGAUGCUAAUGGAGUUGUUUUGUCGUUACCGCCCAUCAUCAAUGGAGACCAUUCAAAAAUUAAAGUGGAAACUCGAAACGUUUUCAUUGAAUGCACAGCGACUGAUUUGACCAAAGCAAAAAUUGUUUUAGACACGUUAGUGUGCAUGUUUUCCACCUACUGUUCAAAGCAGUUCACUGUUGAGUACUGCGAUGUCGUUAAUCCUAAAGGGGAAAUUGUUCAAUACCCCGAAUUGGCAUUCAGAAAGCAGGUUAUUUCAGCAAAAGCAGCCAAUGCGUACAUUGGUAUAAAUGAAGCUCCAGAUUCAAUGGCAAAAAUGUUGAAUCGUUUACUUCCAACUACGCGAAGCUCAGCGGACUCCGAUCAAUUGGAGGUUUUGAUUCCUCCUACGCGCCACGAUAUGUUGCAUGGAUGUGACAUCUACGAAGACGUGGCAGUUGGCUACGGAUAUAAUCAUAUUCCGAAAACACUACCAGAAACGGCGCAAAUCGCCCGGCAAUAUCCAAUCAACAAACUUACAGAGCAGUUACGUGAACAAAUUGCUCAAGCGGGUUUCACCGAGGGGCUUACUUUUACACUCUGUUCCCGGGACGAUAUUGCGAGUAAAUUAAACAAAAAAAUCGAAGACCUACCGGCAGUCCAUAUCGCGAAUCCAAAGACUCUGGAAUUUCAAGUGGUUCGUACAACAUUAAUCCCUGGACUGCUUAAAACUCUCGCGGCAAAUCGGAAAAUGCCUCUCCCACUGAAACUCUUCGAAGUUUCUGAUGUAGUCCUCGCGGACCAGGACACGGAGGUAGGUGCCCGAAACGAGCGUCGUGUUUGUGCAGUCAAUUGCAACAAAACGGCUGGCUUCGAAAUAGUUCAUGGACUCUUGGAUCGUGUGAUGCAAUUGCUGGAAGUACCCUGGGACAGCAAGGACGGUUACUAUCUCAAGGCGGUCGAUGAUUCGGCCUAUUUUCCGGGCAGGUGUGCUGCGAUCCUCUACAAGGGUACGGACAUCGGCAGGAUUGGCGUGCUUCAUCCAACAGUGCUGCACUCCUUCGAGCUGAGCACCCCCUGCUCGGUGGUAGAGUUCAGAAUGGAACAUUUUGUUUGAGCGUCGCGUUUUUUUAAGGUGCUAGGCUCGUGUUGAAUAAAGUUCAUCUACUAGCGAUCGCUUUAAGCGUUUCGGUUUUAGUUGCAUGAAAAAUAGAUCACUUUAACUCAGCAA